UCAUUUAUUUGCUUCUGUCCACUAGCGUUCAACGAUGCUCGAGCGCAUAAAAUGGAGCGGGCCAACUACCUGAACAGUUUACGAAGCUUAUCACCUGCAAGCUACAACCCUGAGCCUCAAACACACAACGAUGGACAGGAAGCGAUACACGACGCAAAUCAUUCUCGGGACAGAAGCCGAAGAGCUGCCAGAGGCUUCGAUAGUCAUCAUUCUGAUGGCAGGAAUGGCGACAACUGGCGGGAUCGAUCGCGAAACAAUGGCAACUGGCGGGAUCGAUCGCGGGAAGCUAGCAAUUGGCGGGAUCGACCACGAGAGAAUCGUAAUGGGUUCCUUCUUGAAGGUGGUACUGGUGGCAACUGGAGGGACGGAGACUAUCGUGACAAUGGGCGCUACAACAGAGAUGACCGGCAGCGUAAUCGUUCGCGUGAGAACCACAGAAGUUACGGCCGUUAUGAUAAUCACCAUCGGGAUGUUUGGAGAAGUAAUGGCGGCGAAGGGCGCUCAUCUGGUUAUGUCCCGAGGAACGGGGAACCUCAUCACAACAGAUACAAAUGGUCUCGUAAGGCCAACGAUGAGACGAUAAACGGUGCAAGUAACAACAGUACUCAAAAUAGUACCUGAUGUUGUUAUUUUAAUGUAUUGGUUUAAGUGAAUAAACAGUGAACUUCUGUUACAGUA